UGCGAAACCGGCAAAAGAAACGCGUCUCCUGGCGUUCUUUCUCUUUCAAGUCUUCACGGCUUCGAAGCAUUUCAGAGAAUUUAGUCUCUGUCUGAUAACGUCUUGUCUUUAAAACUCCAUCCCUGCACCAAUCAAUCGAAUAUGGGCAAGGAAGACAAGGCCACCUGGAAGGCCAACUACUUCGUCAAACUCACUCAACUGUUGAACGAGUACCCCAAGGCAUUCAUCGUCAACGUCGACAAUGUCGGAUCCAAGCAGAUGCAGCAGAUCCGUAUUGCCCUCCGUGGCUCUGCCGUUGUACUCAUGGGAAAGAACACCAUGAUCCGCAAGGCCAUCCGUGGACAUCUUGAGAGCAACCCCUCCCUCGAGAAGCUUCUGCCCCACAUCAGGCAAAACGUUGGUUUCGUUUUCUGCAAGGAGAACCUUUCCGAUGUCCGUGAGAAGAUUCUCUCCAACAAGGUUGCGGCCCCUGCCAAGGCUGGUGCUCUCGCCCCCAUCGAUGUGUUUGUGCCCAAGGGUGUCACCCCCCUCGGUCCCGAGAAGACAUCUUUCUUCCAGGCUUUGUCCAUCACCACCAAGAUUGCCCGUGGUUGCAUUGAAAUCUUGAAUGACGUGCAUCUCAUCAAGGCUGAUGAGCGUGUCGGAGCUUCAGAAGCCACUCUUCUGAACAUGUUGAAGAUCUCUCCCUUCAGCUAUGGUCUCCGUAUCCUGAUGGUGUUCGACAACGGUUCCGUCUAUGACCCCAGCAUUCUGGACAUCAAUGAUGACCAGCUGCUGAAGUCCUUCAUGUCUGGUGUGAGCAAUGUCGCUGCCACUUCUUUGGAGAUUGGCUACCCAACUGUUGCCUCCGUGCCUCACUCUAUUGUCAAUGGCUUCAAGAACCUGUUGGCUGUUGCUGCUGAGACUGACAUCACCUUCAAGGAGGCUGAGAAGAUGAAGGCCUACUUGGCUGAUCCAUCGGCUUUCGCUGUUGCGGCCCCAGCUGCUUCUGCCGCUGCCCCAGCAGCUGCUGCUGAGACCAAGGCUGCUGAGCCAGAGCCCGAGGAGGAGUCCGACGACGACAUGGGUUUCGGUCUUUUCGACUAAGAGUUGGAUGAAGUACGAACAACAAUAAAAUGUUGGCCUUUCAUAA